AUGUCCAGCGAAAAUUUCACUAUCACCGAGCAUGUCGUCCCGGGUUGUCACAUUCGAGAGUAUCCCGGAAGCACCGUCAAUCAGGAGGAUGUUUUGCACCUACAUGUUAAACAGUACACCCCCAGAAACCAAGCCCAGCCAGUGCCGAAAGAUGCCGUCACAAUCAUUGCCGCUCAUGGAGCAGCUCUGCCCAAGGAAUUGUAUGAACCGCUGUGGGACACACUGUUGGAGCAGGCCAACAAUUUUCAGAUCCGUAGCAUCUGGGUCGCCGACUGCGCCAGUAUGAACAUAAGCGGAAUUCUAAAUGAAGACAAACUCAGCAUGGACUGUUCCUGGAUGGAUCAUUCUCGGGAUCUCUUCCUGAUGAUCAACCACUUUCGAGAGCAAAUGCCUCGUCCGAUCGUGGGAGUCGGACACAGCUUUGGUGGAAAUAUCAUUACCAAUCUGGCGUAUCUUCACCCGCGACUCUUCACCACUUUGUUACUGAUUGACCCUGUAAUCCAAUUGACACCCCCGCCCAUGGGGUUCGGCACCGACGCUACCGGGGCGAUCAACUAUACCCUUUAUCGCAAGGAUGUCUGGCCCAGCCGCGAGGUGGCUCUCCGUGCCAAUCGCGCUUUGACUCAUGGCUGGGACCCCCGCUGCGUGGCUCGCAUGGCGCAAUACGGGUUCCGCGAUCUGCCCACCGCGCUGUAUCCGGACGUGGAUGCAGUGAAGGCGGAAUUUCAAAGCACUACAUCAUCAUCUACUUCUCAGCCUCCAGCACAAUCACACGAUGCCACGACCAACAAUACAACCCCAGUGACUCUUACAACCACCAAGUAUCACGACCUCCUCGCCCAGAUCCGCCAGAACUUCAGCGCCCGGUCACCGGAGACGGGCCGGAUCUCCAUCCCACGGGCCACCCACGCGGAUCUCGACCCGCUCGCCGCGUUUAUCCCGAUGUAUCGCCCCGAGCCCCGGAGCGUCUUCCUUCGGCUGCCAACUCUACGACCAUCGUGUCUGUGGGUGCUGGGGGGUGCAACCUUUCUCAAGCUGGACGAGAUGCGCGAGGGGAUCAAGACAUGCGGCACCGGGGUGGGAGGGAGUGGGGGCAUCCCCGAUGGGAGGGUCCGGGAGGUGACGCUAGCAGGGCUGGGCCAUCUGAUGCCGUUUCAGGCGGUUCAACAGGUUGCAGAGCCCUGUGUGGCGUGGCUGGAGUCGGAGAUGACACGUUUUCGCGAGGCUGAGAGGCUAUGGGCGGAGGAGCAAAAGGGACGCAGUCAUCUCACCUUAGAGGAGACGUGGUAUCGAGUUUUGAAGCCUGUAACCGUUACAGUCCGUGGGGCUCCCUACGGUGGCAUGGCUGACGGAGGCAUGGAGCUGAUUUGUCAUUUAAGCGGAAGGAACAGGGAAGAUUGA